GGUAAUAAUUUAGCUAAGAGGAUAUUAAAAAGUGGAAAUAUUGCUUAGAGUUUACAAAGAAGUUAAUUAUAAUUUUUAAACUUUUUAUUGCAUUUGUUUAUUAGUGUGUGCAGUGGUAGUGAGGUAUGGGCCCAUGUGUAUGCAACAGCCCACAUGCGGAAGUUGGAUGGCAAGUUGCAGGAGUCAACUCUCUCCUCCCACCAUGUCAGUCUUGGGUAUGAAAUUCAGAUUGUCAGGGUGGUGACAAACACCUUUACCAAUGAGCCGUUUCACCAGCCCCAAAGAACUAAUUGUAAUGGCAGAAGGCAAUCUGGACUGGAUAGAGAGAGACAUGAAGACAUGAAGUAGAUGAGGAACUGCAGUAAAUUUCCAGAUCACUGAAGAAGGAAAUGGAAGGGGAAGGGGACAAGUUUUUAAUUUUGUGGAUAAUUAUUCACCAAGAUUUACAAGAAGAGGAGAGAGUGGACCAACACAAUAUCUUCAAGAACAAAGAGGAGCUGAAGAGAUGGAGGGGGUUAACAGAAACCACAAGUGAUAGAAGGUAAUAAAAGCCAAUGUCCAGCUGAGGUUGAGAUUGAUGUGAGGAAACAUGCCAGUAAUCCCAGCACUCAGCAGCUUGGUCUAUAUAUUAAAAUGCUGUUCCUUUUUCAAAAUUAAAAAAAAAAAAAAACUUAAGAUGACUUAAAUCUGCAGUAUCCCUGGUAGAUUAAGGCUGCUUUACAGAUAUGACAGAGAUUUGCUGAGGGUUAGCAGGUCAGUCAAUGAAUGAGUAGAGUAGAAAUAACAAGAAGAGGAAAUUAUGUUGCCUCCAGCCUCCACAGCCUGCCAGAGACACAGUACCCUGAAGGGAUAGUCUCUCCAGGAUUCCCCCUCCAUCACCUUGGGGAAUGCCUCUCUGGACACCUCCAUGGAAAAUGCUAAUUAUGGGAGUGGGACACAGAUUCCCCAGCGCUCUGUCCCCUCUUCUAAGGAGCAGGGAAACUAGACUCUUGUUUCUUCUCUAGUGAGAAAAGGUGUCAGUAUCCUUCAUUUUUCUCUCUCUCUUGUUAGAUUUUAAAAGAAUAUUUUUGGUGCAAUCGCCAGCUAAGGUUAAUUAGCUACUACCACAAGACUCAAGCGGUUGACCUGUUGUGCUCCUUACAGGACUCUCCAGUAACAGCCCUGACUUGUGCCUCUGUAUCUCAAUUCUACAAACUGAGGCAUCUUUUUUUCAAACCAUUGAUUUAUUCCUCUGCUGAACAGGAUGGCACCCACCCCUUAUCUUCAUCCUGGGGCACCUGGCUCUGAUCUCAGGUAUUCUUUCCAGCAACCAAUACACUCAAAUAUUUGGGUUUUUUGCUAAUCUUGCCCUCUGUCACUUCAAACCAAGGGAAUCCAGAACACAAGCAAGACACCAACAUAAAUUCAAGGUCUAAAAGUGGAGCCAGAGGUUAGACAUGAAGGUAAGUUUGUUACAUUGCUCUAAGAAUAAUGGUUUUUCAGCUAGGGUCCUAGUCUAGAAAGUCAAGGAAGGUUUAAAGACAUGUUAUACUAUUUACAACAGAUUUGCCUUCUGAAAAAUCAUCAGUGUGUGUGUGGGGGGGGGUGUUACAACUGUGUUCUUGGGGAUUUGUGCAAAACAUAAAGAUUGUCUGUGAAAUUUUAUUAGUGGGUACCUGUUCUCAUGCAGUGGCAUGUCUGAAGGUAAAUAUUUUAGGGCUCACCUAGCUAUGAUGGUACAUGGUUAUGAAAUCACAGUACUGAAGAAUUUGAUGUUUUGUAAUUCAACACCUCUAGUCACCACCACUACACAAAGUUAAAUGUCAUGUCUUGUAUUUUAUCCAUGUUCAGUUCAGCCCCAAUGCGGUAAAGUUGUCUAGAAAUAAAGAUCAAGCUUUGCAUGUCCUUUUGUCUUCCACAGUCUGGCAUAAUACAGCCUGUAAAGCUGAAAAUCUUGGAGUUAGUCAGAUUUAAGUGAAAGUCUUAUAAAUCCUUACAAACAACGUGGCUGUGGACAGUUUAAUUUUGAUCCCUCCCUACCCUGCUCUGCCUAAUUUCUAAUCAAGGAAAUAUUAAAGUUAAUAUAUGAAAGGAAAUGGAUUUUUACAUCAAUUCUGUCAGCACUCAUUUCCUGGAGCAGGAGUGAUCCAGAAACAUACACCUGUAAUCUCAGCACUCAGGAGUCAGAAGCAGGACAAUUCUGAGUUAGGCUGCAUAGUGAGACUUUGUCUUAAAAAACAAAACUAUUUCCAAGGCCAGGGAUAUACAUUCAACACGUAUGAGGACCUGGGUUCAAUUUCCAACACCAACAAAUAUCAAACAAUGAAAACAAAAAUGUAUAUGCUGGUAAAUGAUAGGGAUGAUAACAGUUAACACUCACCCACUGUGUGCCAGGCACUGUUCAAAGCACUCUGUGUUUCACUCCUGUUACACACUUAUGUUUUCAGGGGCACAGGCGCUAAGUUCAUGCCCAUAGUUAUCAUCCAGGAAGUAGCAGAAUCAAGACUCAAACCUAAGGAGUCUGGGUCCUGAACCUUGUUCUUAUUCAUAUUAAGCUUACUCUGCCUGAUAAGGAUAAGCAAAAUGUUUUAUUAGAAGAGGGAUUGCUUCCUAGAAAACAAUAUAAAAGACUGUGAUUGAUAGACGAAUCAGCAUCAAUUGGCAAUGAUCAUAUAUGUGAAGGCCAGAGGACAACUUGAAGAAAUCAGUUCUCUUCCACUAUUUGGGUCUCAGGGAUGAAACUCAGUCCAUCAGACAGCAAGUGCCUCUACCUGGUGAGCCAUCUUUCCAGCCAAGAGGAGUGUGACUUUUUAAAAUUAAAAGCAGUGAGUGUGUUUACAUAUGAUAAUAUCUGUCAGGAAACAUGCAUAGAAAGAUUUCUCUGUAAAUUUUAUCCAUUCCAUCAACUAUGAUGGUUUCCAUACCCACCAGAUAUUGGAUUCAGUACCAAUACCUAGGGCCUUAAAAAUGAGGUUCUCUUUGUUUCUUGCAUUUCCUUUUUUGGGGGGAGGGGUGAUUUUUGAGACAGGGUUUCUCUGUGUAUCCCUGGCUUUCCUGGAACUCACUCUGUAGACCAGUCCAUUCUCGAACUCACAGAAAGCCACCUGCCUCUGCCUCCCAAGUGCUGGGAUCAAAGGCAUGCACCACCACCGCUUGGCUCUUGCAUUUCUUUUAAAUUUGUUUGAGAAAUGAUUGACAGGAAAGCCCAGGAUAGACCCAAGAAAUCACCCACUUCAAACUCCCCCAUUGACACUAGUCAAAGUUGAGGCAGAACAGCACAUGAAGUGAAUUCUAUAUCUCAAAUAACCAACUAGAGGCAUCUGUGCUUGCCAGGAGUAAGGUCUUCUUAUUUCUGCUUUGACAGGAAGUGUUCCUUCCCCCACCAAGCUAGUCUGUGGUGAUCCUGAGUGCCACAUCUACAGCAGGAGGUCCUGUGCUCUAUAAGUAGCCUCCACAGGUUAGACAACAAUAUAAUGGAUUAAAAAACAAACUAGCUCAGUACUGAGUAUAUCCUUAGCUUGCACAAGGUCCCAGAUUCAAUCCUCAAUCCAAAGGGGGAAAAACUGAAGCAUAAUAAACUUUUAAGGAGUUUAUUCGAGUAAACAGUUGUUCCUGAGUCAGGUGGAAGUGAUUCAGUGAGCCACAGUGGGAAAACAAAGGGAACAUUUUUUUAUAGGAUAAACAUAGAAGUAAAACAAAGAAACAUUUGCUUGGAGGCUGGACAUGGUGGCACAUGCUUAUAACUCCAGCACUCUGAUGGUGAACACAAGAGGGUCAGGAGUUCUAGAUCAUCCUCUUGCUACAAAUAGAACUGAAGGUCAACCUUCCUGAGACCCUGUUGAAAGGAAGUGAAGGAUGGAAAGAGGGGCAGGCAGGGACGAAGGAAGAAAGGGAGGGAAGGAGGAUCAAGAAGAAGAAAAUAUUUGAUGGCUACAGUCAUAUUUGGUCUAUUCCAGUGAAAAGUUUACAGAUACAUAUAUUUGCAGGCUGCUCCUAACUGGUUGAGAUUACAUUCUGUUUUUAUAUAAUAUAGGCAUUUACAAGAAGCACUUCCACUUUGGUUUGCACAUAGAGCAGAGUUAGGGUCACCUGUGAAGCGUGACUGGCUUGCCUGCUCAGGGCUCUCCUAGCUUCAACUGUAACUUUUGCAUAAACCAAAAACAGUGGCAAUGCUGCUCCAUCUAGUCUCACUCAGGCUGGACUUUUAGACAAUGCACACUUUUAAGGAAAAUGGGGGAAGAAGGCUCAGAGUGGAGUGUGUCCUUCUGUACCUUCAUAGCUGCUCCUGGUAGAGACACUGCAUUUCUUCUUUAAUUCCUGAAAGUGCAGCCAGAGCCAGGGAGACAGACCUGACAAGCGAUGGACUCAGGACAACAUGGUUUUCUAAAUCCUCAACUGGCUCAUCUGUUAAAGAGAGGCAUUGUCUCCCUUGAAGGAGCUUGUGAACGAAUACUGGCAUGUGGCUAUGUAAUGAAAAUAAAAUUUGGCACGGGCUUUCCUCUCUUGCCCAGUUUAUCCCACAUUGGGGAUUCUUAUUUGUCGUGGAUAGUGAUAAGAUAGGGUCUCACUACCAGGCUGGCCUCAAACUCACCACGAUUUCCGGCCUCUGCCUCCCGAGCGCAAGGCCUGCACCACCAAGCCCGCUAGCAUUAAAUAUCUUUGUCUAUCCUUCUGAACCUUGUUGGAGUUUCCCUCAGGCUAACCACAGCUCAGCGGAGCGCUUCCUGCUGCUGGGUUUCACCGACUGGCCAUCGCUGCAACCGGUCCUCUUUGCGCUGGUCCUUCUCUGCUACCUACUAACGCUGACCGGCAACGCGGCGUUGGUGCUGUUGGCCAUUCGCGAUCCGCGCCUGCACACACCCAUGUACUACUUCCUCUGCCACUUGGCCCUGGUGGAUGUGGGCUUCACCACCAGUGUCGUACCGCCGCUGCUGGCCAGCCUGUGCGGCCCGGUGCUGCGGCUACCGCGCGGCGGGUGCAUGGCACAGCUGUGCGCCUCGCUGGCCCUGGGCUCCGCCGAGUGCGUGCUGCUGGCGGUUAUGGCGCUGGACCGCGCGGCUGCCGUAUGCCGCCCGCUGCGCUACGCCGCACUCGCCUCACCGCGCUUGUGCCGCUCUCUGGCCAGCGCCUCCUGGCUUGGCGGCCUGGCCAACUCCGCUGCGCAGACCGCCCUGUUGGCCGCGCGUCCGCUGUGCGCGGCCCGCCGUCUGGACCACUUCAUCUGCGAACUGCCCGCCCUGCUGCAGCUAGCCUGCCGCGGCGGCCGCAGCGCCACCGAGCGCCAGAUGUUCGCCGCGCGGGUGGUCAUCCUGUUGGUGCCUUCUGCGGUCAUCCUGGUCUCCUACACCGCCGUGGGCCGCGCGGUCUGGGGUAUGCGCUCCCGCGCGGGCCGGCGGAAAGCAGCGAGCACGUGUGGCUCUCACCUGACCGCCGUCUGCCUAUUCUAUGGGUCCGCCACCUACACCUACCUGCAACCCACACAUAGUUACAACCAGGGCCGCGGCAAGUUCGUCUCGCUCUUCUACACGGUGGUCACACCCGCGCUCAAUCCCCUUAUCUACACACUGCGAAACAAGGAAGUGAAGGGGGCGGCGCUGAGGUUCUUGCGGAGUCUGGGGAGGAGGCAGGUCAGACAGUGA